UCUUCAUUUUUCUAAAGCAAAACAUGGAAGAACUGGUUAGCAACAGUCAAGGCUCAUUAAUCUGGAGGUCAAAUUAUGCAAUUCUGUGACCAGCAGCAACAGAUCCCAUUGGUUUAUGAGGCAUUCUGUGAGGUUUCCAGGGAAAUACAGGGGAAAAGCACAGAAAGUUCUGGAUAGUGUGACUCGACCAGCUCCAUUUGGAAGGUUCAGUCCCUGUCACUACCCCAGAAUGACACCAUAAUGCAGCCCUCUCUGACAUAAGCUUUACCUCUGCUUGACACAUAAUUGAAGUCCUAACAGUGGCCCACAGUAGCAUUACCAUCAAUGUAAAAAUGUGCCUAUCUACAAGCAGUCACUGCCUCUACCACCAAACCACCCCAGCAGAGCCUGAGCUGCAGGGAAACUACAGUGCUCGCUAUCCUGUGCACUCGUUUCCAAUCAUCUGUUAAAAUAUGGUGGAUUACUAUGAAGUUCUAGGAGUGCAGAGAUACGCCUCAUCCGAGGACAUUAAAAAAGCUUACCAUAAAGUAGCACUUAAAUGGCACCCUGAUAAAAAUCCAGAAAAUAAAGAAGAAGCAGAGAAAAAAUUCAAAGAAGUAGCUGAGGCAUAUGAGGUACUGUCAGAUGGUGAAAAACGGGUCAUUUAUGAUAAAUAUGGCAAAAAAGGAUUAGAUGGCGGAGGCAGAAGUCAUUUUGAUAAUGAAUGUGAAGAUAGCUUCACAUUCCAUAAGACAGAUGAUGUCUUUAAAGAAUUUUUUGGCGAAAGGGAUCCAUUUUCAUUUCACUUCUUUGAAGACUCACUUCAGGACCUUUUAAAUAGUCCAAGACACACCUGUGGAAGAAGCAGAGGUACAGGAUCCUUUUUCCCUACUUCCAGUGGACAACCAGUUUAUCAGAGAUUUUCUUCCUAUGAUACAGGAUACUCAUCGUAUGGUCCACUGGGACAUGAAGGCUUUACUUCAGCCUCUUCCCGGAUAUUUGAUGACAGUGAGAUGGGCAAGUACAUACCUGUUACAACUUCAGGCAAAACUGUAAAUGGCAGACGUAUUAGUACAAAGAAAAUUAAUGAGUAUGGUCAUGAAACAGAAGUUGAAGAUGAUGGUGGAGUGAAAUCCUUCCUUAUCAACAGUGUGGCAGACGAAGAAGGCUUUGCAGAAGGCAACUGGAGAAGGCAGACAUUCAACCAUUAUCCACCAAAUUCCUACAGUCCCAAACACGUAUCUCCAUUUACUUUUGUGGACAAUCAUCAACAAGGUAUACCUUGGGUCACUAGCAACUGGGAUCCUUCUAUUCUCUCAGCAGGAUUCAAAGAAGGUAGUAAGAGGAAAAAAAAGAAGCACAAAGAGGGACAGAAGAAGAAGUCAACCAGAAGGAACCGUUAAACUGGCUUCAGAUACAUUUUGACCAUAUAACACUUGAAUGUGAUUCUGUGUGUGUGUUGGUUGAUCAAAGUUUUCUAGAUAAUAUUUGUUUAAUAAUAUAUAAAUUUAAGCCAGGCAUCGGCAGCUCAUAUCUAUAUCCUAGCUACUCAGGAGGCUGAGAUCUGAGGAUCAUGGUUCAAAGUCAACACAGCCAGGAAAGUCUA